AUGUGGAAUGUAAAUUAUAGCUACGAUGGCCGAGUUAAGGGACCCUCGGCGCAUUGGGCGGACGCGUCCCUCGGAGGGCGGGCAAGAUGGCACGCGUCACCACACUCCGCGCUCAAAAUACGUGACGUGGUCCCAACUGACCGUGCCCUGUACCGGUGUAGAGUCGACUUCAAAGUGUCACCAACCAAGAAUCAUAAGCUAAUGCUUCACGUUAUAGGUAAGUAA